AAGCCCAAUAUGAAUCCUUGGGCCUCAAAUUCAGAUUCAAUAUGUGAAACCUUCUCCUACCUCAGCAACUAAAGCUUCCAUUUUUGCGAAAAUGGCGUCUACAGUAGCCAAACUUAGAAGCAACUCCAUUUACAUCAAUGGCCUUCGAAGAUUUUCACAAACAGCCAUACCUGCCCCACUUGAUAACACCUUUAAUCACCCUACAGCUUCAUCACCAUCAUUCGUUUUACCUGAACAUGACAACAACAACAUAGGAUUUAUGGACCUCAUGGCUGUUCCCAAGAAAAAGGUAUCCCCUCAUAAGAGAGGCAUAAGAAAUGGACCAAAGGCUCUAAAACCAGUGCCAGUGAUUAUGCGGUGCACGGUCUGUGGUCGAGUCAAAUUACCACAUUUCUUUUGCUGCAGUGGAAUUAAGCCUGGUGAUGAGAAUAGUUCCAGUCGUUGAUCAACUUGAAGUGGAGAGUCCAACAUAAUUUCUUCAAUUUCAACUUUGUUGUUCUGGUAGAGUGUUUUUUGUUUGAAAGAAAGAAGGUUUAAUAUGCACCAUGGGUGCACAAUUGCAUAAGGCCUCUUGCUGAAGAACCUGUUUUGCAUGUUGCAUGUUUUGUUGAAGGAUUUGUUCUUUCCUCUAUCCGGUAUUGGUAGUCAGUAUGUAUGAGAAACGAUCAGGCUAGUUGAAGCUGCUCUAAACUGUGUUUAUGCAAUUGAAGGGUUGGAUUUCUUUCCCCAUGCAAGGCAUAUCAGUAAUUAUUCUUUGAAAUAUUUUUGAAUUAUGAU